UUUUUUCAAUGCAUCGCUUUCUUUCGUUCGUGGAGGGAAGGCUGUCCUGUCCAAAGAGAGAAUGCCAGCUGUCGCUCGUUGACCUGACGUAGACAUCCAAGACCCCCAGCAGAGAAUUAUGAGAAUGGCCGAACAAGACGUUUGUCCGCAUCUGGUUUCCAUUGGAGAGGUAACCAAAGAGGAGCUACUCAAAAAAUCCGAGGGAACCUGCCAGGCAUGUGUGGUUGGUGGUCCCAACUUGUGGGCCUGUCUGCAGAAUGACUGCCCAUAUGUUGGUUGUGGAGAAUCCUAUUCGGAUCACAGCACCCUGCAUGCACAGACUAAUAAGCACAACCUGACUGUGAACCUGACAACAUUCAGGAUCUGGUGUUAUGUGUGUGAGAGAGAGGUGUUUCUGGAUCAGAGGCCUUCAUUGGUGCCUGUGGCUCCGAGACCCCACCACUGUAAAACCAUGGAGCAGGAUGCAACGCCUCAUCCAACAGGUCACCCAUUAAAAGCAGUGCCCAUUGCUGUUGCAGAAGAUGAUGGCUCGGAGUCAGAGGAGGAUGAGCUUAAACCCAGAGGCCUUACAGGAAUGAAAAAUAUUGGAAAUUCCUGUUACAUGAAUGCAGCUCUUCAAGCCUUGUCAAACUGUCCUCCCCUCACUCAGUUCUUCCUGGAUUGCAGUGGUUUGGUUCGUACCGAUAAGAAGCCAGCCCUGUGUAAGAGCUACCAGAAACUCAUCUCUGAGCUUUGGCAUAAAAACAGGCCCAGCUAUGUGGUCCCUACCAGUCUGUCCCAUGGUAUCAAACUGGUCAACCCCAUGUUUCGUGGCUAUGCCCAGCAGGACACCCAGGAGUUUCUGCGCUGUUUGAUGGACCAGCUACAUGAGGAAUUGAAAGAGCCUCUGGCAGAGGGUGGUAUGAGUGGUGAGGGAAGUGAUGGGGAUGAGAGGAUUGACGGGGACCGCUCCCCAUCUGAAGAUGAGUUCCUGUCCUGCGAUUCUGGUUCUAGCAGUGACCGGGGGGAGGGAGGUGGCUCAGGGGAGGCUGAGCUUCUCAUGCAGGAUGAGUGCGAAAGAAUCCGAGCACCAACUAGCGGAAUGGCCAGUGUGGGGCCUGGGGGACUGAUCUCAGAGAAAGAAAGGCUAAAAGAGAGACGGGUGUCAGGCUCACCUCUGCGUGGAGGCUCCCAAGAAAUGGAUGAGGAUGCAGAUGUGGACACAGCAGUCGAUGAAGUGACACCUGUGACUGGGGCACGGGAGGUGUCGACGUCAACCCCAAACACUGAGGUCCAAGGGAAUAACCAGACACAGAAUGCAGGGCAAGGGCAGAGCAACAACACUCCAGAGCCAGAUAAUGAAGCAUCGUUGGCACAGUCUCAGUCCCAUCCUUGCAGUCCUGUGCGCACCCUCCAGGAGUUGCACCCCAAGCUGGCCUCCAGCCCCCCUCGUUCCAGCCCCCUGCGCUCCACAGGUCCUGCAUACUCCUUCAAGAAAGCUCAGCUGCUUUUGAGUGCCAGGAAGAAGAAACUGUCCCGUUACCGCAGUGUGAUCUCUGACAUCUUCGAUGGCUCCAUCCUCAGUCUGGUCCAGUGUCUGACCUGUGACAGGGUUUCUACCACAGUGGAAACCUUCCAAGACCUCUCUUUACCUAUCCCUGGUAAAGAGGACCUGGCCAAGCUGCACUCCUCCAUCCAUCAGAAUUUGCCUGCCAAAACAGGUGUGUGUCCAGAUACUUACGGCUCCCAAGGUUGGAUCUCCUACAUCAUGGACUCUAUACGAAGGUUUGUGGUCUCCUGUAUCCCCAGCUGGUUUUGGGGACCUAUGGUAACCCUAGAGGACUGCCUAGCUGCCUUUUUUGCUGCUGAUGAGCUGAAAGGGGACAACAUGUAUAGCUGUGAAAGAUGCAAGAAGCUGAGGAAUGGUGUUAAAUAUUGCAAAGUCCUGAGACUACCAGAGAUUCUGUGCAUUCACCUGAAGCGCUUUCGGCACGAGGUCAUGUACUCCUUCAAAAUUAGCAGCCAUGUGUCCUUUCCUUUGGAGGGCCUGGACCUGCGACCUUUCCUGGCCAAAGAAAGUCCCUCCCAAAUCACCACUUAUGACCUGCUGUCAGUCAUCUGUCACCACGGCACUGCAGGAAGUGGGCACUACAUAGCGUACUGCCAGAACGUGAUUAACGGACAGUGGUAUGAGUUUGAUGACCAGUAUGUGACAGAGGUCCAUGAAACAGUGGUGCAGAAUGCAGAGGCCUAUGUAUUGUUCUACAGGAAAAGCAAUGAGGAGGCAGUAAGAGAAAGGCAGAAGGUGGUGGCUCUAGCCAACAUGAAGGAGCCCAGCCUGCUUCAGUUUUACAUUUCCAGAGAAUGGCUUAAUAAGUUCAACACGUUCACAGAACCAGGUCCCAUCAGCAAUCACACAUUUCUAUGUCAUCAUGGAGGGAUACCACCUAAUAAAUACCACUAUAUAGAUGAUCUGGUUGUGAUUCUGCCUCAGAAUGUGUGGGAGUACCUUUACAACAGUUUUGGAGGUGGCCCAGCAGUCAACCAUCUUUACAUGUGUGCAAUCUGCCAGGUAGAGAUUGAAGCCCUGGCAAAACGCAGAAAAGUGGAAAUAGACACCUUCAUCAAGCUAAAUAAAGAGUUCCAGGCUGAAGAGGCUCCCACAGUCAUCUUGUGUAUCAGCAUGCAGUGGUUCAGAGAGUGGGAGAGCUUUGUAAAAGGCAAAGACAAUGAGCCUCCGGGCCCCAUUGACAACAGUAAGAUUGGUGUAAUGAAAGGAGGACACAUACAACUCAAACAAGGUGCCGACUAUGGUCAAAUCUCAGAGGAGACAUGGCAGUACCUGUUGGGCAUCUAUGGAGGAGGUCCUGAGAUUUCAGUGAGGCAGACGGUGGCUAUAGCUGAUCCUGACAGUCUACAUGGAGAAAGAAAGAUUGAGGCAGAGACCAGAGCACUUUGAGAAAGGAAGAGAGGCAAGACUCUGGUAUCACUGUUGACCAUUGGUCAUCUGACUUGCUCUACACUCCUGCCCUCACAGGAAAAUGAGGAAUUUGCACCUUGGUGAAGAAGCCUUGUCAUGAGCACUUUGUAAAUGUAGCAACGCAUUAUUCUGUCGUCCCAUCGCAAGAAGGCAAUAUGGUACCCAAUUGUCAUAUAUUGUAGUGGAAAAAGGUAUUUAUUUAUUUAUUGAUUCUGAUCUUUGAUGUUACAGUAUAGAGUAACACACCAUGCCACAUAUCUGGCGCUGUUUUCAACUGCUAUUAUGUUUCAGUGGCUGCUACAGUAGUUAAGUGUCAACCUGUUAGCUGUAUUUGGCUCAGACAAGCAGACAUUUGGUGUCAUAGACUGUGACACCGAGGUAGACUGAGUUAUGGUGCUUUGCCUGAUGACUGUCUUGCUUGGAUAUCUUCAUGGAGGCUCCAACCAAGAGACAUUUGACAACAUGCUUUGGAAGACAGUUGCACCAACAAUUUACCAUUACUUUAGCAAAAAGUUGCCUCUGCUCAUUGUAAUGGAUCUUAAUGCAGUGAGAAAAUCAACAAACCCAACUCUUCCACCUACCACCUUAAAUAAACAGUGUAACCUUAAUAAUCUGAGCCCCUAAGGAAUGGAAUUUGGUUUAGGCAGUGAAAUGUUAUGAUGACUGAACUGUACCAAAAUAUGUCUUUUUUGCAUGCUCAAUAAUCCAAGUAAGAAAAUCACAGAAAGAUGAAUCAGUUCAUCUGGACACAUGUCCAGAUAAGCUGGGUUAAAAUUAAAUCUCAGGCUGUAGCACAUUUCACCGACCACAUUAACUUAGUGGACAACCACAUCAAGUUCACCAGGGAGGUUGUGAAAAAUGACAGGUUAGCCUUCUUAGACUGAAAUUGCAAUUGGUGAUGGGGGACAUUUGAUUGUUGAUGUUUACCAUAAACCAACACAUACUUAUCAGUACUUAAGGUUUGACUCUCAUCAUCCACUGGAGUACAAACUAAGAGUCAUGAGGAUGCUGUACCACCAAACUGGCAAUGUCCCCACCGACACAGCGGCCGGGGAAGGUGGAGAAAUCCCACAUUAAACAGGCCCUGGUUAAGUGUGGUUAUCCUAACUGGGUGUUUGUCAAAGCCAGGAAGAUGCCCAAACAGUGCACCAGCAUAUCGAAGAGAGGAGAAGGACAACAGCUGCCUAAGCAUAAACCAAUGGUGAUUCUGUAUGUGGCGGGAGUGUCAGAACAGUUGAGAUGCGUAUUUUCCAAACAUCGCAUCUCAGUUGCUUUCAAACCCCAAAACAAGCUGCACCAGAAAUUGGUCCACCCAAGGAUCGAGUCCCCUGGCACAGACAAUAUAGUGUACACUGUUAAGUGCCAGGAAGAUGGUCUGAUUUGUACACUGAGGAAACCAAACAGACGCUGGCCAAGAGGAUGGCACAACACAGAAGAGCUAACACGUCAGGCCAGGACUCUGCAGUCUACACCCAUCUACAGGCCAGUGGCCACUCUGUCAAGGAUGGGGAUGUGCACAUCCUUGAUAGGGAGGAACGCUGGUUUGAACAGGGAGUCAAAGAGGCCAUCUGUGUGACGAGGGGAUGACCGUCACUGAUCCGAGGGGGGUGAGGGGGGCUAAGAGUACAUCUGUCGCCACCUUACAAUGCUGUGAUUGCAACCAUUCCCAAAUCCUCAGUGAAUAGUACACAUGGCCAUUUUAACUCUAGUUAAUGGUCACUAAAUUUGCAUAUGAAGCCGAUCAUUGGUGUCGGUCGUUAUGCCACUGUAUUGUUUAUAAGGGUGGGGAUACCUUCAGUCAGUUGAGCCUGAAGAGGUCAGUUAGAUGAGUGACGAAACGUAUCUCUCAAUAAUCUUGUGUCCAGAUGAACUAAUUCAACUUUCUGUGUACCAAAAUAUCUGUGCAACUGCAUUCAUGCUAUGAAACACGCAUGCACACAUACUCCAAAAGAUCAUUUUCAUUCUAAUUGCAUGUAACUGUCACACAUUCUUUCUUGACUGGUAGGGACAAAUAACAAACAGGAUGCUGUUACCUUUCAGGUAUCUGUUUCACUUGGAUAUUUUGAUAAUAAUGUUGAUGGAAAAAUAUGGAAGUAUGCUUGGAUUUCAUCCAUUGAGAACAGGGAUACAUACACACAGUUGGAUGAUUUUAUUGAUAUGCAGAAGUGCAAACAGAAUACAUUUCAAAAUAAACCAUUUCCUCUAUAAAAAGAUGAGAAAAAUGGCCAGUUACAACUGUUCUCUCUAUUCAAAAUCCAGUGCUACCAAUAAAACAUCAGGUGAAUAGGGUGUAAAUGUGGAGUUUUUAGCUCUCUACAUGAGGAUAAUCAAGAAUACACUUCUGUCAGAAAUGGUUUGCUCUAAUUUUGAAGUGGGCUAGUCGAAGAGUUUUUGGGAGCAAAGAUUUGUCCAGACCACUGGCUUGUUGGCUUUUUUUAAGUACUAAAGAUCUUUUGUUAUUGUUUACAAAUGUUAUGACGUUGUACUUUUUGGAGCGAUUACCGCGCAACCAAAUGGAAAGCAGUGAAAAUAUCAUCAACUUUUACACCAAGGCCAUUCGAAAGAGAAAUUUUGUUUAGAUGAGACUUGGCACAAACUGUACAUGACCACUAAUACACUGCCAACUCAAGAUGGGAGGGGGGGGGUACAAGACUAAUGAGCAUAAUGCAUUUGACAGGGAGUGGAAUAUGAAUAUUUUGAUUUUGAUCAAAAAUCACAAUUAUUUUAAAUGACAAUUGGGAAAUUUCAUCUAUGUUCAUAUACUUGGGUUUAUUUUAGUAUCCCUAAAUAUUUUGUUCAUCAUGCUUGUGCGGUGAAGUGGUUGGCCAGAAGUUGUGAUGAAUAAGGUUUGAUUAUAUUAAGGACAAUAGGCUGAGGCACUCGUUAAAAAGUGACGGACAACAUGAUGGCUAAGAGAUUUAUUUGUGCAGUCUAUUCUUACUUGAAAAAAAAGAAAACAUGCAGACUUAAGAGUGUACACUAGCUCUGUAGUGGCUGCUUAUCAGAGUUAAAAAGACAGUGCUGGGCAUCCGGGUAGCGUAGCGGUCUAUUCCGUUGCCUGCCAACACGGGGAUCGGCGGUUCAAAUCCCCGUGUUACCUCUGGCUUGGCCACAGACACAAUUGGCAGUGUCUGCGGGUGGGAAGCCGGAUGUGGGUAUGUGUCCUAGUCACUGCACUAGCACCUCCUCUGGUCGGUCGGGAGCAUGUUCAAGGGGGAGGGCGGACUGGGGGGGCAUAGUGUGAUCCUCCCAUGCGCUACACCCCCCUGGCGAAACUCCUCAUUGUCAGGCGAAAAGUAGCGGCUGGUGACUCCACAUGUAUUGGAGGAGGCAUGUGGUAGUCUGCAGCCCUCCCCGGAUCGACAGAGGGGGUUGGAGCAGCGACUGGGAAGGCUUGGAAGAGUGGGGCAAUUGGCCAGAUACAGUUGGGGAGAAAAGGGGGAGAAAAAAGACCGUGCUAACCUGUUCUAAUUUUAAAGGAAGAAGGCAUUUUUUUGCUCUGCUCAUUGCUUACUUUAUGCAAGACAACACCUAUUUAGCAAGCAAACCUUUAGCAAUAGCUUGGCAACCACUCAUCGUUUGACCUGUCAACUGAUGCUUGCAUGUGUGGUGUAUUAAAUAGUGUGGGUAUUCCAAAUUGAAUAAAUUCUGUACCCUUAAACACAAAAUAGUUUUAGUAAUAGUUUCUAUCUUGCUAUAACUUCACUAGCUGCACAACAGAAUAAGUUCAGCAUCAGCUGCUUGCUCCGGAGUCCCUAAAUGUAAAAUUUCAUUUUAUUUUAUUCCAUUUUAUCUUUUGGCAAGCUCACAACAAAAGCGUGUCAAGGUAGAACUGUAGGUUUUAUCUUCAAACAAAUUUCAACUCGGGCUGAAAUUGCUUUUUAAUUUUUUUUCUAUUAUAUAUUGUUGUGCUGUACUGUUCAAAUUCCUGUAUAAAGUUGAGGAAAAAUAGAUUUGAAGUCAAAACUAUUUCUUUUUAUAAAUAUGGAAUUUUCCAAUAACUAUCAACCUCAUAUUUGAAUAAAAAAAAUGGCCCUUUCUGUCUCAUUUAUGAAAUAUUGUAAUGUCUUUGCCACACAAACAUGUUACCAUUUUUAUGAAUUUGGAUAUUGUUUCUUACUCUAUCUUGAAUGAUUUUAAAUGAAGCGGUUCUGGCAGAGUGCCAGCCUCACAUGCCAGACUAAUCUCACUGUUUGUCCACAUGUCUUCUGAGAAUAUUCUGUGUAAUUACAUCAAAAGAUUGGUGUGGCUCAUACUGCUAAUACCUUUAUUUAUUUAAUUUUUUAAAGUUCUGCUUUCUGCAGAAAGUCGAAGAGGAAUUGAAGAAGCCAGAUGAUGAUGGCGUCAUUGAAACAGUCAUGGACCCAUGGCGAAGGGCCUGUGACUGUUUCAAUGACAUCUCCAUCUUCUAGCUCUUUUAAGUCCUCUUCGACUUUCUGUUGCAAAAGUUGUGUAGCGACGUUAUGUCGGCACAAUUGCAUGGCAAUACAAUAGAGGUGCAGUUAACCGAGUACUCUUGAGAAGUGCUUGUAUUGCUUGUGAUAGUGUAAUGUAACACCGGUUGUA